AUGGGGCUGAAAUCCAGGAAGGCGGCCGCGGGGGCAGCGGCGUGCCCGGGGGCUGGUGACGGGGGCGGGGGCGGCGAGCUGGAGGAGAAGAAGGACCUGGAGCAGGGCUCCUUGGCGCUGGGCAGCGGGGCCGACAAGGAUGGGGCCCUGCUGCUGGAGCGGGCGGGCAAGGAAGAGGGGGCCCGCCGGGCCGUGCAGGGCAUCGGGCUGCUGGCCAAGACCCCCCUGAGCCGACCCGUCAAGAGGAACAACGUCAAGUACCGCCGGGUCCAAACUUUGAUCUACGACGCCCUGGAGAGGCCGCGGGGCUGGGCGCUGCUCUAUCACGCCUUCGUGUUUCUGAUCGUCCUCGGAUGCUUGAUUUUAGCUGUCCUGACAACCUUCAAGGAGUAUGAAACUGUAUCAGGAAACUGGUUGUUAUUAUUGGAAACCUUUGCCAUUUUCAUCUUUGGCGCGGAAUUUGCCUUGAGGAUCUGGGCUGCGGGCUGCUGCUGUCGGUACAAAGGAUGGAGAGGGCGGUUGAAGUUUGCCAGGAAACCUUUGUGUAUGUUGGAUAUCUUUGUGCUGAUCGCCUCUGUGCCCGUGGUGGCCGUCGGAAACCAAGGCAAUGUCCUAGCAACAUCGCUCAGAAGUCUCCGUUUCCUUCAGAUCCUCCGGAUGCUUCGGAUGGACAGGAGAGGUGGCACCUGGAAGCUCUUGGGCUCGGCCAUCUGUGCGCACAGCAAAGAGCUCAUCACAGCCUGGUACAUUGGAUUCCUGACUCUUAUUCUCUCUUCAUUCCUGGUGUACCUGGUGGAAAAGGACGUGCCUGAGAAAGACGCAGAAGGAAAGGAAACGAAGGAGUUUGAAACCUAUGCUGAUGCGCUAUGGUGGGGACUGAUUACGCUGGCAACCAUCGGCUAUGGCGAUAAGACCCCCAAAACAUGGGAAGGACGCCUGAUAGCAGCGACUUUUUCUCUCAUUGGAGUUUCGUUUUUCGCUCUUCCAGCCGGCAUUUUGGGUUCAGGGCUGGCUUUGAAAGUGCAGGAACAGCAUCGCCAGAAACACUUUGAGAAGAGGAGAAAGCCGGCUGCGGAACUCAUACAGGCUGCCUGGAGGUACUAUGCUACGAAUCCUAACAGGCUGGACCUCGUUGCCACUUGGAGGUUUUAUGAAUCAAUCGUCUCAUUCCCAUAUUUCAGGCAAGACAGGGAUCAUGCAGCAAGCUCCCAAAAGCUGGGUCUCUUGGAUCGGGUUCGUGGUACCAAUACUAAAGGAAAGCUAUUUACCCCUCUGAAUGUAGAUGCAAUUGAAGAAAGCCCUUCUAAAGAGCCUAAGAGCGUUGCCUUGAAUAAUAGGGAGCGUUUUCGUACUGCGUUCCGAAUGAAAGCAUACGCAUUCUGGCAAACCUCUGAAGAUGGUGGGAGUGGGGAUCCUCUGGCAGAAGACAGAGGGUACAGCAACGAGCUCCUUAUCGAAGACAUGAUCCCCACGCUGAAGGCGGUCAUCCGAGCUGUCAGGAUACUUCAGUUCCGCCUCUAUAAGAAGAGAUUCAAGGAGACCUUGAGGCCUUAUGAUGUAAAGGAUGUGAUAGAGCAAUAUUCAGCGGGACACCUGGACAUGCUUUCCAGAAUCAAAUACCUUCAAGCAAGAGUCGAUAUGAUUUUUGCUCCUGGGCCACCAUCGACUCCCAAGCAUAAGAAAUCUCAAAAGGGAGGGACGUUCUCUUACCCUUCACAGCAACAGUCUCCAAGGAAUGACCCGUACAUAGCCAAAGCAUCCACAGUAGAUUCCGAAGACCAAAGUAUGAUGGGGAAAUUUGUCAGAGUCGAAAGACAGGUUCACGACAUGGGGAAGAAACUGGAUUUUUUAGUCGAUAUGCACAUGCAACACGUAGAGCAGCUGCAAGUCCAGGUCACAGAGGUGUGCCCUCCUAAAGAUCUUGCAUCCCUAGCCGAGGACAACAGAUAUUCUGAACUGAAAUCCAUCCUUUACAAGUACUCUGAGCCUUCCAUUCAUGAAUUGCCUCCAAGCUUCCAUCAAGUUCCAGUGAACAAAGUUACUCCUUUUGGCUUUUCUACACAGGACCGGAAUAGCGGCCCAUUUCCAUUGCCCUUGUCCAAUCAAAACUCUGGUAGGUUGCCGCCCGCGCCAUUCUCAACGUCAUACCCAGAGAGGCCAACAAUGUUGCCUAUACUUACUUUCAUUGACCCUCACAUUUCCUACCAGUCGCCUCCAAGAGACCUCCGUAGUCCUCACACAGAGAGAUUCUCUUCAAGGCAGAAACCCAGCUUGACAAGAGACAGCGAUACCCCAUUGUCCCUCCUCUCUGUCAACCAUGAGGAACUUGAACGCUCACCAAGUGGAUUCAGCAUCUCCCAGGACAAAGAAGAUUUCCCUUUUGGGCCAAAUGGUGGUUCAAGUUGGAUGAAAGAGAAGAGGUAUUUAGCAGAGGGUGAAACGGACACCGAUACUGACCCCUUUACACCCAGUGGCUCUAUGCCUCUGUCUUCAACCGGGGAUGGGAUUUCUGAUUCGGUAUGGACCCCUUCCAAUAAGCCAGUUUAA